GCGCCAGCGGUGGCUUCAAGACGUCCACCAAUGCCGGGCAACGUAGGAAUGCGGAUGAGGGUAGAGGAGAGUGUGUUCCGCGGAUCCACCAAGCCGGCGCACUACAGGGGCGUGCGGCUCCGGCCAUGGGGAAAGUGGGCCGCGGAGAUCCGUGACACCAUCAAGGGCGCCCGCGUCUGGCUCGGCACUUUCCCAUCCGCCGAAGCCGCCGCGCUGGCCUACGACGCCGCUGCACGUGGCUUCGGCCGCUCCAAGGACAAGCUCAACUUCCCCUCCACGUCCCCUCCAUCAGCCAGGGCAGCACCGGUGGCGGUGGUCGACAUCUUCCACAAAGACGCUGUGCAACUCAACAUCGAGCAGCUCCGCAGCCGCAGUGACACGAAGCGGCCCAGGGCAGAGGCGCUGUUCGACGACUGCCUCCUCUUCGCCGACGACCAGUUUUCCUACUUUAACGGCGGCUCCUACGAGUCACUGGACGGCCUGUUCAGCGCAGACGCCGUGCAGGGCAGUGUCCCCGCGGACGAGCUGGCGAUGAGGCUGUGGAACUUCGAUGACGACUGCCUGGUGGACGAGUGCAGCUUGUCGUUUGCAUCCCUUGACCCCAAAACUGCCUCGUGGAUGAUGUAA